AUGACGAAUUACUCUACCAUCUCGGCUGACUCGGGGAGAUCAAGUCCUGGCGACAUGUCAAGAAGACGACGAAGAGGCCGAAGCCCCAAGGGCGGAGGCGGGGAGGCCUCGAUGCUCAGCAGCAUCAUCAACCUCUUGAACACAAUCGUUGGCGCAGGAACCUUGGCAAUGCCGGCAGCCAUGUCACACAUGGGCGUUGUCCUCGGCACCGUCGUCAUCAUAUGGGCCGGCAUUACAUCCGCCUUUGGCCUCUAUCUUCAGUCUCGCUGUGCUCGCUACCUCGACCGUGGACAGGCAUCCUUCUUCGCCCUGUCGCAGAUAACGUAUCCCAAUGCCGCUAUCGUUUUUGAUACGGCGAUUGCGAUAAAGUGCUUUGGCGUUGGCGUCUCAUACUUGAUCAUCAUCGGCGACCUGAUGCCGGGUGUGACUCUUGGGUUCAGCAGCCACGCUGCCGAUGUGCCCUACCUCGUUGACCGCAACUUCUGGAUCACUGUCUUCAUCCUAUUCAUCAUCCCUCUCGCUUACCUGCGCCGCCUCGACUCACUCAAGUACACGAGUAUUAUCGCCCUCGUCGCCAUCGGCUACCUCGUCGUCCUGGUCGUCUACCACUUUGCGUCUGACAUUCCUACCGACCGUGGUGAAGUCCGUAUCAUUACGUGGGAAGGCCCGGUCGCCAUGCUGCGCAGCUUGCCCGUUGUGGUGUUUGCUUACACAUGCCACCAGAACAUGUUUUCCAUCCUUAACGAGAUCAAGGAUACCUCGCCUGCUAGUGUCGCGGGCGUCAUUACCACCAGCAUCGGCUCAGCUGCCUCGGUUUAUAUCCUCGUUGCUAUCACGGGCUACCUGACCUUUGGAAGCCACGUCAUUGGAAACAUUGUCGCCAUGUACCCCCCUAAUAUCGCAUCGACGAUUGGCAAGGCUGCCAUAGUUGUCCUCGUCACCUUUAGUGUUCCUCUCCAGGUGCAUCCCUGCCGUGCCUCUCUAGACGCCAUUCUCAAGUGGCGACCGAACAAGGCGAAACGCAGCCUAGCUUCGUCUGCUAGCAGCAGCGUUAUGUUGCCCACUGUGGCCCCCACUGACAGUCACGGAUCGCCCGUGGUGCCAAUGUCGGAUCUGCGCUUUGCGGCUCUCACCACAGUCAUCAUCAUCUUCAGUUACCUCACCGCUCUGAGCAUGUCUAGCCUGGACCGCGUGCUUGCUUACAUCGGCAGCACAGGCUCUACUUCCAUCUCCUUUAUCUUGCCCGGCCUUUUCUUUUACAAGAUCAGCGACCCAGACAGCAUGCACCACCAGCGCCUCAUGAAGGAGGACGAUGACGCCGAAGCUGAAUAUGAUUCCAGCGACGAAGACACCGAGAUCAACCCAGACGAGGCUUCCCUCCUCUCAGGCGUGCCCCGUGGCAGCGACAAUGUAGGCGGCUUUCCGUCCCGGCGCCUGCGUAACCGGAAGAAGUGGCGCUGGGAUCUGGAGCACCUGGAGCACGGCCUGCUCCGAAAGAUGGCUCUCGGCAUCGCUAUUUACGGCUUCCUUGUGAUGAUUGUGUGUCUCGUCUUGAACACCUUCUUUGGCGCGUCCCACUAG